AAUUACCCAAAACGUGAAUCUUCACUGGGCCGGGCCCAUUCGUUUGGGAAAACAGGCCCAGGGCGCCUGGGGAAGCUCGCUUCUGUAGUGGGCCCCCGAUUAUCGUGUUCUAAAACCCGUCAUCUCUGUUGGGCAAUUGGUCGAACAGGUCCUGGGCGUCAAGCAGGGAGCCGCGUUUCCCUUAAACUCCCGACGGCCAUGUUGAGCAGAAGCGACGGAGGGAUCGGAGUGAAGGUGAUAGAUGGCACUCAAGCUUCCAGAUCUCGGCUACGGCAUUGUUCCGAGGCGCAGGCUCGGAGGAGGUCGGCGAAGAGGGAGAAAGGGAAGGGGACGGCGGAGGAACAGAGGACUGAGACCAGUUUUGAGCGCUGGAAUACGUGGCUGAGGAUAGUGGUGGAGGACGGUGGGUGCCGGCGGCGGCGGUCGGACGCCUGCUUUGGAGCCCAUAAAAAGCUACCUUCCUCUUUGUUGCUCAUUGGGCUGGGAUGGAGAGUGAGCAAGACGAAUAAUUCAUACCACAAGGCAAGAAUUUCAAUCGGCGGAAAAGGCUCUUUUGUUUCUUUAAUGAGUAUGCUAAAAGUGCAGGAUUUUAGAACUAAAAUUAAAAACAGCCGAAAAGAUCCAAAAGCUUGCACAGUUUUGGGAAAAAUGUUUGCUUGCUCUAAAGAAGGGAAGACAAAUGUGUCAUACCGAAAUAAACGAGGCGCGGUGACAGAAACUAAGGAACGGAAACAUGGAGAGACUCGUUGUAACUGCCCAGCUCGAAUGAGUGUUCAGAAGAAAAAUGAAACUUGGGUGCAUUUUGUAGAAAACCACAAUCAUCCGCUCGCUACUCCUAAGAAGAGUAACCUUAUUUAUGAUACACCAUUUGAUUUUGAAGUAGGUGAAUCUUUGCAAGGUACGCGUGGAGCGCUGAUGAAAAUAACGAGAGAGCUCAUCGAUGAUGCAUCGUUGAGUGAGGCGAGAACCAAGUUUCUACUGGAAAAGCUCAAAGUUUGGAAAUGGGAGGUUGGUGAGAUUGAUGACAAGGAAUGCAUGAGCAAGCGGUUGAGUAAAAUCAAAGAAAAAGAGACGUUUUUUGUAUGCGACCCCGAGCCUGGCAAGCGUCUAAAGUCAAGUAAAGAGAAAACCAUAUCUCUAAUUUGUGUGGGUAGAGGGGCCACGACAAGCGCAAAUGUACAAGUCAUAGCAUUCACCUUGAAGAUGAUUCAUAUCGUCCAGACA